AAAAAACUACACUUAAUAAUCAACAAAGAAAAGAUAUUAUAGAAUUUAAAAAAAAAAAUCUAAAUAUAAGUAGUGUCGACCUUGUUAGUUGGAUAAAAAAAAAUAUGGGUUUUGACAUUCAUCCUUCUACUAUUGGCCAUCUAUUAAAAAAUAAAAAUAGUGUUAGAGACAAUUUGUCUGCAAAAAGGCAAAAAACAGUACAAUAUCCAAAUCUUGAAAAUACAUUACCAAAAGCCUUUGCUCAAUUAUUAAAUAUCUCUAAUAUUAACCUCAAAUUCUCACAUGGCUGGUUGUUUAAAUUUAAAAAAAGGUAUAGUCUAAAUCAAAUAAUAAAAUAUGACGAAGAUGUAUCUGUAGAUAAUGAUAUAAUUGCAGCUACAAUUCUUAAAUUAAAAGAAAUAUUAGAAAAAUAUGAUUUGAAGGAUAUUUACAAUAUGAAUAAAAUGAG